CAUCUACACACACGUUUCGUGCGGCGAAGCAAAGAUCGCCAACUACUGCCAUGGCGUAAGAGACGCAUAAAGCCCUGUUGUCUAUCAAUAUAUAAGAUUUACAGCCUUGGAGCGAUCUCUUGAUGGGCAAUUUCUUGGCUGGCUGGCGCGUUGGGCAACAUGCCUUUGGUUAACUACUCGUCGUCAGACACCGACGACGAGAAUGCAAAGGCGCCACUCUCCAAGCGUCGACGAGGAAAUAGCGGUGAUGGCAUCGCUACAACGAAAGAUGAUGCCAUUGUCACCGAGAUGCCUCCUCUUCCCGACGCAUUCCACGAUCUGUACGCGUCUACCGUGAGGCAGAGCACCGUUGACGACCCGAAUCUGCACCAAGGCCGCAAACGCCAGAAUCCGCAUGUUAUUGGCCAGUGGCCGAGCCAUGUUUACGUGGAAUGGAACCCUGAUCCAGAACAGCACCAAGUGUUGUCAAACCUACUCACUGCUGUUUCUACGGCACUGGGUGACAAGAUCCAGCUGCACCAGUUCCUUACAAGCGACCUCGGAGCUGCAUUGCCCCUGCAUAUAAGUCUGUCACGGCCUAUUUCACUAGCCACCGACGAAAAAGACAAGUUUCUAGAUCAAGUGUCGAGCCACAUUAGCCUAAGUCGUGUGCAAAGGUUCUACGUCAAGCCCAAGAGGCUUGCAUGGUUCACAUCCCCCGAUUCAAAUCGCACAUUCCUAGUUUUACAGGUUGAGAGCGACACGGGGACCUCUGAGGGGACCCCUAGCAAGAAUACUACUAAGGCUGGGUCGAACCCAGAGUUGAUGGGCUUGUUAAAGAGCUGCAACCGUGUGGCGGGCAGGUUAGGCAAGCCGCUUCUCUACCAACGCCAGGAUGCUUCGGCGCAAGGCAGUGAAUUCCACGUCUCAAUAGCAUGGACCUUUGACACGCCUACCGACGAGGAAAAGGCCCGCGCAAGUGUCACUUUCGAACAGGAAGAGGCGGGGCAGGCGACAUCGCAGUGGCGCAUUGAGACAUCCAGCGUCAAAGUCAAGAUUGGGAAUGUGGUGAGCAGCGUGUCACUGGUGAAUGGCAGAGCAGGUACUGGGUUAGGGUCACGCUUACUAUUGGAAGAAGGCGAAUAGGAACCAAAAACACGGUCCGUGUUGUGGCCAAUGGAGACUCACGGGCGUUUGUGAAUAGGGUUGGGAUCAAUCAAUCCGUCACUCAAUCGGUCAAUUGGGCAAUAUGAAUGGGCUAUUGUUCUUUUUGUUCAAUGCUAUUGAUAACAAUAUCUUUCCAGUGUCAGUCCCUAUUUUUUCCGUAGACAAUCCAUACUUAAUGCAUCUCUAUUCCAUUCUGCAUCGCGUCUUUGGCUCUGUUCUUAUAGCGCCUCCAGCGCACCGUCCAGCAC